UUCGAUUUCACAGUCAUACUGACCCUCCUAUACGAAUGGUGAUUUAUUUGUGACUCACGAUUCCGAAAUUCGAACUUUACAAAUACUGAGAAUAUAUAUUACCUCUGCGAAAAUAAGCAAAAUGGCAAAUAACAAAAUGGCGGAGUCGUGGUACGAGAACCAGGUUGGGGUGUUUCAGCGAGAGUUGGACAAACAUGGCCGACGUGGCGUGCAGUUCCUGACGCUGCCCGAGGUGUGUGAAGUCCUUGAGGCGGGAGGUUUCAGAGGAACAGAGCGGGACCUUCUGAAUGUGCUGGGCGACAUCGAGGUGGACGAAGAGGGGCAUGUGUCACGUGACAUCCUACUGGCGUCCAUCGGGAGGAUCCCCUCUAUCAUUAUGCAACAGAUGGCUCUGAGGCGGGACUUUUGGGCGCUAGACCGCAACCACAAUGGCCGCAUAUCGCGGGAAGAGAUCAUGGACGCCACCAAGCCUUCCUGCCCGGUGGACCUGGCCCCCGGGAGUAUCGCCGCCCUGCUCAUCACGUGCGCCAGAGCCAACAAGAGAGAAUUGGACUAUGAGGCGUUCCUCACCACGUUCGACAUCAAGGUGACGUCACAGGCGUUGGAGAGAGUCUUCCUGCAACUGGACGCAGAUGGGAGCGGGUAUCUGACCAGGGACGAGAUCUUCACGGCCAUGCGGCAGCACAGGGGACUGCGCCUGAAGCUGGGCAGGCUGGUGGAGCUCCUGAUCGCCUGCUACCAGGACGACAGGGAGAGGGUUAACUACAGGGACUUUAUCAAGGCUUAUACCUACAGGAAGUAGUUACUAGGAUGACGGGUAGAGGGUUAACUGUGGGGACUUUAUCAAGGCUUAUACCUAAAGGAAGUAAUUACCAGGAUGACGUGUAGAGGGUUAACCAUAAGGAUUUCAUCAAGGCGUACACCUACAGGAAGUAAUUACCAGGAUGACGUGUAGAGGGUUAACUAUAAGGAUUUCAUCAAGGCGUACACCUACAGGAAGUAAUUACCAGGAUGACAGGUAGAGGGUUAACUAUAAGGAUUUCAUCAAGGCGUAUACCUACAGGAAGUAGUUAUCAGGGUGCCGUUGCACAAAACAGCUUAAUUAAGCACAACGACAGUCGUAACUGUAUGUUAAAGCAUGGGAGUUUUGAUCACCUUCACGCUAAGAUCGCUAAGAACGGCACCCAGGACAACAGGGAGAGGGUUAAACGGGGAGAGGGGUAACUAUAGGGACUGUAUCAAGUUUGCAGGGAGUUGUUUGAUUUAUGAUUUUAUUGGUACCAGUUAUCACAUACAUUGGGAUGGUGUUGGUGCGAACAGAUUAUUAGGUAUCAGUAUUUUGUCACCAGACAUGCAUAUAUUAUGUACAUAUAUAUCCCCGUGUUAUGGAUUUUCGGACACUUAAGAAACAUUCGUAGUUUUCUCCCUAGUCACAUGAACAACUGUAAAACUUCUCAUUCACUUUUAACAGACAACUUUCUCUUAAAAACAAGCCAUCAUCUGAGUAUUUACAAUGUCUGUGUGCUGCUACACCACGUCAUAGCGCGGGUAAUCGCGAUAAACAAGGUAGUUUACUGUGACCAUCCCGGGAAGACGUAUUUUGAAUCAGUUUAUAUGUAGUCAUUAAAUUGACAUUAAAAGAUCUGGGGUAGUUUUGUUGUUAAUGAAGCAGUCUUUGUUUAUUCUAAACUUUAAUCUAAACCUAUUAUUAAACACACAAUGCAAAAUAUGACCAAACAAGUCAAGUUGAAUGUUAAGUUAAAAUGCACCAUAACUCCAGACUAAUGGAGUGUAUGUAAGAUUUUACAGCCGCUUCCUGGGGGAUACUAAUCCAGUAUUAUGCAAGUACUUGUGCAUAGGCGUGUGCGUGUGCUUGUCUGCAUGUCAUUAUCUACGUGACUUCCCUUGAUGUAUAAAUGAACGUUUGUGGAAUCUGUAAAAUAUA